UUUUGCGGACUAUGGACACAGUUUGUUACAUUUUUGUCCUAAUUGUGUUCAGCACUCAAUCGUGUGAUACUUCCACUCUGUGUUUGCGCGGAUGCAGCUGUGUUGAUGACCGACAUGGAAGGUCACUCAUAUGUAUGGAGGAGAGCGCGUUUGGAGCCAUACCAGAGAAACUUCCAGAUGAUUUGACCAAAAUACGCAUAGAAAAAUCUCACUUUACUGAAAUUCCCAAAGGGGCUUUCUCAAAAACUACCUCCCUGGAAAACCUGUGGUUGAACUUUAAUGACAUUACUCUUAUAAACUCCAAAGGUCUGGAAGGUUUGGGCAACUUGACCGAGCUCCGUUUGCAGGGGAACAAGCUGCGUUCAGUACCAUGGACAGCGUUCGAGGACACGCCGUCUCUGAAGAUUCUGGACCUGAAGCACAACCUGCUGGAUGUCCUGCCAGAGCAUGCCUUGAAAUUCCUGCCAGGUCUUACAUACUUAGACUUGUCCUUCAACCGGCUCACGGUCAUUUCAAAGGAGGUCUUCCAGAACUGGCCUCUUUACCAAAAGCUGCAGAACGUGGAAGAACGGGAGGUGUCCGGGCCGAAUGUUGUCUUGGCACUACACGACAACGCCUGGCUGUGCGACUGCCGCCUGAAAGGUUUCGUGGAGUUUGUCUCGUCCCUGAGCCCCCCUAUUAUUCUGAUGAACUCCUACUUGACUUGCUCAGAGCCGGACUUUAGGGCGGGGAAGUUCUUCCAUGAGGUUGAGCUCGGGGCGUGCAUGAAACCCUCUGUCAGCUCCUCCACAACCAACAUGAGCCUGCCUCAGGGCUCCAACCUCACCCUGCACUGCACGGUCAAGGCCAGGCCAGAGCCCACAGUGUGGUGGACAUAUGGCCUGAAGAUAAUCAGAGGAUUUCAUGAAUCUCAGGAAAGAGUGGCUGAUGAUACCAUCAGAUCCCUCCUGGGGAUCCCCUCCCUCAGUGCAGCUGACCGUGGUGUCUACACCUGCACUGCGGUGAACUUUAUGGGAAACUCCUCAGUCAGUAUCUUCCUGGACGUCCUCACUGCUAGCAGCCAGUCGCCCCACUUUCCAGGUCGCCCAGCUGCACCAGGAGAUGGAGAUGAAAAUGUCUUCAUUGACAUUCGCAUUGCUAAACAGACGGUGCGUGGUAUCUUCAUCGAGUGGUUUGCAGCCCUGGAGCAUCCCUCAGAAACGUGGUUCACCAUCCACUUCGGUCGUGCAGAUGCUGAUUACAAAGAAACAACCUACAUCGGACCUGGGAUUCACUCGUACUCUGUCACAAAUCUAACACCUGCCACCAAAUAUGAAAUCUGUGUGACGCUCAAGAACCAGAUACCACGCCCAGGUCAGUGUAUCAUGUUUGUGACAGGAAGUGACAUCACAGAGAUGGAACAGAGGGAGAAGCUUAUUCACAUUGCGGUGAUAGUUUUAGCCAUGGUGCUGGCCGUGCCUAUAGGCAUGUACGCCUGCACCACAGAUACUAGGUUUGCUUGUGUGGAGGUGAUCAUGGAGUCCUGGAAGAAACGGCAGAGAGCGAGCAACUCCCAUAUGAUGGAGCACGAGCGGCAGGGCACCUUCGACAGUCUGCAGGCCGCCAGCGAUGAAGGGCUCGUCAAUAAAGGCUCAAGUGAAGGCAGAAAGGUGAGGAGGAGGUCAGAUGACAGGCUGCAUAAAGGCAAAGGUGAGCACAGCAGACUCACAGCUGAACUGCCCAGGAGAUUGUUGGAAAGAUGUGAAUGA